AGUUCUCCCUCCCAUUCCCCCUGUACUACAGCAGUGUUCAUCUCCAGCCCCUGUACGUGUGUGCGGCUGCCUCUCUCAACCAGUCCUCCCUGACAUUCCACAGCAGAUGAGGAAUUGACUGCUUGGAUACAGACACAGAAAAAGUUCUAGGAAUAUUCUCUGGAUCUGAGCUAUUUCUACAACAUUUUUCAACAUCUUUUCUCCUCUUCAACUUGGGAUCAAACAUUCAAUACUUUUUGUUUCAGCCACUUGGCUGAAACUUCUGUUGGGAAACAGCAUCAUCACAAAGACUCUAGCUAUUGAAACAUCCAUAACUGUUUUCCUAUUGGGAUUUUUGGACGUUUAUCAGCUACUAAACAAGCCUAGACAGGAGACACUAGAACAUUAAACAAAAGGAUUUAAAGCUGGGUUGAAAUGAAAAUUUUCCUAGAAAACUCUGUGAGGGAACAGGAUGUGAAGUGGAUCAGCCCACUUCAACAGACGAACACACCCACCUUGUUGCUGCAAAAGCCCUGUCACCUCCACCAUGGACGGCCUCCUACGACUCAGUGCAAACAGUCUACAAGUCCCAGGUGAAGACAGAUCAGCCUCCACAUCUCCAUCUGGUUCACCCUCUCCUUCCAGAAAUGAGUGCAGUAUCACUCCUCUCACUCCCUCCCCUUCUCCAAGGACUGAGCUAAGACCACGUGUGGCUCAUCCGUUCUCCGUGGUGGUUGCUAUAGAUUUUGGCACCACCUCCAGUGGCUAUGCCUUCAGUUUCACUGAAGAUCCUGAAACCAUUCACAUGAUGAGACGAUGGGAGGGUGGGGACCCUGGCAUAGCCAAUCAGAAGAGUCCAACCUGUCUGCUGCUGACCCCUGACCUGCAGUUCCAUAGUUUUGGCUUUGCAGCUCGAGACAGCUACCAUGACCUUGACCCCGAGGAAGCCAGGCAUUGGCUUUACUUUGACAAAUUCAAAAUGAAAAUCCACAGCACCAGUGAUCUCAGUAUGGAGACAGAGCUGGAGUCUGUGAGUGGGAGAAGAGUUCGGGCCAUUGAGGUGUUUGCUCAUGCCCUGAGGUUCUUCAGAGAACAUGCUUUAAAGGAGGUGAAGGAUCAGUCCUCCUCAGUACUGGAGGGUAAUGAAGUCCGAUGGGUCAUCACUGUCCCUGCGGUGUGGAGGCAGCCAGCCAAGCAGUUCAUGCGAGAAGCUGCAUAUUUGGCUGGUCUGGUCACUCCAGAUUGUCCUGAAAAGCUCCUUAUAGCUCUUGAACCAGAGGCUGCCUCCAUCUACUGCAGGAAGCUUCGUUUACACCAGGUCAUUGACCUCAGCCAAAGACCAAUGACCAAUGGCCUAGAUGUGGAUGGGUCCCGCCCCUUCGAUUCAAGUUUCAGGCAAGCCCGCGAGCAGCUCCGCAGAGCCAGGCAUAGCAGAACCUUUCUGGUAGAGAGUGGUACUGGAGAAUUGUGGUCCGAGAUGCAGACAGGUGAUCGGUACAUCGUGGCAGACUGUGGUGGUGGGACGGUGGAUCUGACUGUGCAUCAGAUUGAGCAGCCGCAGGGCACUCUGAAGGAGCUUUACAAAGCCUCAGGAGGUCCUUAUGGAGCAGUUGGCGUGGAUCUUGCCUUUGAGGCUAUGUUGUGCCAGAUCUUUGGAGCUGACUUCAUUGAGACUUUUAAAGCAAAACGUCCAGCAGCUUGGGUGGAUCUCACCAUUGCAUUUGAAGCCCGCAAGCGCACAGCAGCUCCUGGCCGGGCCAACUCCUUAAACAUCUCAUUGCCCUUCUCCUUCAUUGACUUCUUUAAGAGACACAGAGGGCAGAGUGUGGAAGCCGCCUUGCGAAAGAGCAAUAUGAACUUUAUAAAAUGGUCAUCUCAAGGAAUGCUGAGACUCUCAACAGAAGCCAUGAAUGAGCUAUUUCAGCCCACCAUCAACAAUGUCAUCAAACAUAUUGAGGACCUGAUGAAGAAGGAAGAAGUAAAGGGUGUGCGUUUCCUCUUCUUGGUUGGUGGAUUCGCAGAGUCGCCCAUGCUUCAGCGAGCUGCCCAGAAUGUGCUUGGGCGGAACUGCCGGAUCAUAAUUCCACAGGACGUAGGUCUUACCAUCCUGAAGGGUGCAGUCUUGUUUGGUCUUGACCCCACUGUAGUCCGUGUACGCCGUUGUCCGUUAACUUACGGUGUUGGGGUUUUGAACCGGUUUGUGGAAGGCCGACACCCUCGUGAUAAGCUGCUCAUCAAAGAUGGACGAGAAUGGUGUACCGAUAUCCUAGACCGUUUCGUAAGCGUUGAUCAGUCGGUGGCUUUGGGUGAGGUGGUAAGACGGAGCUACACACCAGCAAGAGUGGGACAAAGGAAGAUUAUCAUCAACAUCUACUGCAGCGACACCGAUGACAUCACCUACAUUACCGACCCUGGGGUGAGGAAGAGUGGUGCCAUCACUUUAGACCUGCUUGAGUCAGGGGCAGCAGCAGCUAGUGCUGCUGAUAAUAGUAAAGGCUCAGCAUUUGAACGCAGAGAGAUUCGCACUGCCAUGCAGUUUGGAGAUACUGAGAUCAAAGUAACAGCUGUUGAUGUGGCGACUGGCCAACAGGUGCAGGCAUCAAUUGACUUCCUGUCCAAUUGAACCUGCUGUGCUGUUUCUGGAGAAAACUCUGUGUAAUGGGAUAUUUAAUGCCAGCCAAUCUCAUCAAUGGAUGGCUUAAUUGUAAUAACCCAAGGACUGCAUAUGUAAAAACUGGAGGACUGAUUCAUAAACUGGAAAAUUACUGUGCUAGGCAACAGCUUGCUCCAUGAGAACUGUCUCUGUAUUAAGUGUACUGUAGGUUGCUUUGGUUAAGAAAGAGUAUAAAUUACAAGUAAUGAAAAUCCCAACUAUGACAUACAUUCAUACAUGCGCGUAUUAUAUGUAGAAAAAAACCCUGAAGAAAUAUUCUGUACAUUUUUGCCAAAUGUCUAUGUUCUGCAUCUGUGGCAUUCUGUCAGUUAACAUAGACAUUCGAUUUAUUUGGAUUUUGUCCCUUAGUAUGUAUUAAACCUGAUGUAACUUUUUCAGUUAACAUACUUUCAUUUAUCCCAGCUUAUUAUGCAGAGACAACUACAAGUAAGCCAUUCAUAGGUUUAUUUUCUUGAAAACUGGACACACAGUGUCUCUGUGGCACUAUAAAAAUUCCUGCAUUUGUUUUAAACUACCCGUUUAGACCCGCCCCAACAAAAUUAAUAAUGGUGUAUGGUGUUAUUUGGAGGCAGGGCUAUUUGUUUGUUCGCUCAAUCGGAGAUGAGGGGCGUAUUCCGAAAGCUGUUUUGAAAAUAUUGUUUAUUUGCAAUUCCAUUCGUUGGCGAUUGUCGCAGAAAUUACACACUUCAGCUUUAAAGAAUGGGAAAUGCGCUUACCGUCAAUUAUAAUGGAAUGUUAGCAGUCAAGCAACCACAAAUAAUAAAUGUAAAAAAAUUCAAAAUUUUUAAAUAUGCUACUUAAAUAUGCAAGUACACGAAAGCGUAACUUGAACACUUACUGUAAAUAAGUGUUUGCACUGGUGAGAUUGAACCGCAUACUAAUCUUGCAAAGUUAUAAGUCUAAUCUUUCACCUCAUGUCAUGAUUACUUUAGGUAUCUGACUGAGGAUACCAGGAAGAGAAAUGAAAAUACCACUAAGUAAAUUCGUUUUGAGCUUAAUUUCUGGUUUUAAAAUCUCAGGUCAGCUUGCUAAUCUGCCAUUUUAAGUGUAUUUACUGUAUGCUUUUCCCAUUUGUUUAUACACAGCAAGUUUUAAUUACUGUCAUUGGCGAUUGACAGCAUUCCAAACAAGCAGCAAUAGACAUUAGGUUGACAUAACCCAGAAUAUUCCUUUUUAAGUUGUCAGAAACUUGGUAUGUAAAUUGAUUUAUCAAAUACAGCCACUUUUAAUUUUGUACGCAUACUCUAUUACUAAACGCAAGUCAUUUAAAAACUUUUUUUUUGUUGAAAUUAUGGUUAUGCCACCUAGUGGUAAUACAGAGGUAAACAUUUGAAAUGCUGUUAAGAGGCAAUUUUUUUUCAUUUCAUACAAAGGUACAUGACAAGUGGUUGCAUUCUACUUGUAAACAUGUCUACCUGUUUUUAAUCAGUUUUACUUUUUUUCCCUAUGAUAAAUGUGUUUGAGUCUGAUAGGCUUGUUUGUUGGUUUUUUUGAUCCUACAGUUUAUUUAAAAUAGCUGGAACUUAUGAAACACUACCUCUUUUUUUCUGGUCUAAACAUUUGAGUCUGUCCGUAGGGUUCUUUUUAGCCUGUUAUCCAUUUUAGAUAUUGCUAUUGUUAGCUUUUCACCUAUCCAGGAGGUAAGAAAGCCAAAGAAAUUACUUCAACGGUUUUCAAGUAUAUGGAAUAUCAUUCUAACAUUUGGGAAGCAAGCUAGGGGUAAAUGACAUGAUAAUCUUGGAAUUAUUGUAAUCUUUGGAACUUUAUCACAAUUUUGAAGGACUUUAGUUCUAAAUUUCUUACUAUAGUACUUGCAUACUUAGAAACUGUUUGUAUAUGUAUACCAAUCCUCAUGCCUGAAAAUAAAAGUUAUUUUCUUUU